AUGGAUAUUAAGAAAGAUAAGAAUGGCAUGGUUAGAAUUACCAAUUCAAAUAUAAAAUACGCAGAAACGAGUUCCGAAUUGAUGACUAUAUUCGAAGAAGGAUCUAAAAAUAGGCAUACUGCUUCGACAAAAAUGAAUUCUGAAAGCUCCAGGUCUCAUUUAGUUAUUGGUAUUAUUAUUGAAAGUACAAAUUUAGCCACUGGUAAUAAGAUUAACGGCAAGCUAAGUCUGGUCGAUUUGGCUGGAUCUGAAAGAGCCGCUAAAACAGGAGCAUCAGCAGCACAGUUAAAAGAAGCACAAUCAAUUAAUAAAAGUUUAAGCGCAUUGGGAGACGUUAUUGCUGCAUUAUCCAGUGAACAAUCUUUCAUUCCAUAUCGUAAUAACAAGUUAACCAUGUUAAUGCAGGAUUCACUAGGUGGUAAUGCAAAAACUCUUAUGUUUGUAAACAUCUCACCAGCUGAUUACAAUACUGAUGAAACUCUUGUAUCAUUAACCUAUGCUUCUCGUGUCAAACUUAUCACUAAUGAUGCUAAAAAGAACGCUGAAAGCAAAGAAAUUGCCAGACUGAAAGGAAUAAUCGAUAAACUGAAACAAGGAGAGACAGCCGAAGAAGAAGAUGAUUCAGCUAAAUAA